AUGAUGAGUUCUCUCUUGACAACAAUUUGCAUGUUCCUGCUGCUUCAGGUGUCCCACACCUUUGUGGUCAAUCCACAAGCCUCGUCUUUCCUAGGAUCAGCGAACAAUUUGAAAUCUUCAAGUUCCUCGACAGCUUCUACUCUGCUCUGUAUGUCAUACAAGAAUGUGUUUGUGGCGGGAGGCUCGAAGGGUGUGGGUCGACUUGUGAUUGACAAAUUGUUGGCCACAGGCGCUCAAGUCAAGGCACUGGUCCGGAGUCCAGAAGUGGCAGAAGAGUUGAGUGCCAUUGACGGUGUGACUGCCAUUGUGGGCGAUGCCUUUGAACAAAAGGCGGUUGAAAAUGCCAUGGAUGGCUGCGAUGCUGCCAUUACCACGUUGGGAGGUUCCACCCAAGACAGGCGCGUGGAUUAUGAAGGCAACAACAACGUGAUUGAAUCGGCAGGAAUACUGGGAGUCCAACGUGUGAUUUUGGUGACUAGCGUUGGCUGUGGCGACAGCAAGGAGGCGGCUCCACCGAGUGUGUUUGAAGUUCUCAAGGAUGUCUUGGCAGCCAAAGAACGAGCGGAAAAUAUCUUGAUCAAGUACUAUACCAACACCAACUGGACCAUUAUCCGGCCAGGAGGACUAGUGACAGAACCAAUGACCGGGAAGGCUUGUUUGACAGAGAACAAUCUUGUCAUUGGCAGCAUUCAUCGUGAAGAUGUGGCCGAUCUGGUGGUCAAGGCUUUGAAUUCCCCAAACACGGAGCGAAAAGUAUUCAGUGCCUUGGAUCCCUCUAUUGUGAGUGCUCCCUCUGUUGUGAGCGGGGGCAAAACAUUUGAUGCUUUUGAACUUGUCGCUUGA